GUUACCAAAAUGACCUCAUUUUUCUAGCAAAAAAUGCAGUCGACAUCAUAAAUAUAAUGAAAUUUUUUAGCACUCUUUACUUUGUUCGGGAGUUUCACUCCUUUUGCCAUCUGAGACGGGUCUUUUUAUUCCUUAGCAGGGAAAGGAGCGAGUCUGUCCUUCCUGGUUUUCCGUUCAACUGAGCCGGUUUCAAGUUUCAGCUCCUCCUUGAAUUCCAGCCCGCAGAGACUUCCCUCCAGAAUCAUCCAAAAUGGAGCCUCUUACAGCUUACCCUUUAAGAUGUUCAGGGCCCAAAGCAAAGGUAUUUGCAGUUUUGCUGUCUAUUGUUCUAUGCACAGUAAUGCUAUUUCUUCUACAACUAAAAUUCCUAAAACCUAAAAUCAACAGCUUUUAUACCUUUGAAGUGAAAGAUGCAAAAGGAAGACCGGUUUCUCUGGAAAAGUUUAAAGGCAAAGAGGUUACACUAGUUGUAAACGUGGCUAGUGACUGCCAACUCACAGACAGAAAUUACUUAGCACUGCAGGAACUGCACAAAGAGUUUGGACCAUUCCACUUCAGCGUCUUGGCUUUUCCAUGCAAUCAGUUUGGAGAAUCGGAGCCCCGCCCAAGCAAGGAAGUAGUGUCUUUUGCAAGAAAUAACUACGGAGUAACAUUCCCCAUCUUCCACAAGAUUAAGAUUCUAGGACCUGAAGCAGAGCCUGCAUUUAGAUUUCUUGUUGAUUCUUCAAAGAAGGAACCAAGGUGGAAUUUUUGGAAGUAUCUGGUCAACCCUGAGGGUCAAGUUGUGAAAUCCUGGAGGCCAGAGGAACCUGCUGAAGCCAUCAGGCCUGAGAUAGCAGAUCUGAUUAGACAAAUGAUCAUUAAAAAAAGAGAGGAUCUAUGAAAAUGCCAUUGAGCCCUUCUAAUGCAAUAGUCAGAAUACAGAAAUGUCUCCAUGAGGGUUUAGUCUCAUUUUAAAUACUCUGACAAUUAAAUGUGACACUGAAGGAUUUUUUUUUUUGGUUGUUAUUUUCCUAGUGAGUAGUAAUGAAUGACCCAACAGAGAUGUUACCCAAAGCAAAAAUAAAGAGUACCCAAAGAAUCAAAAUGAAACAUAUUAAGUACUUCAUUUGACGACACUAAAUAAUUCAGAAAAAACAGUCACCAAUGUGCUUCAAUGCCCUAUUGUUCAACUUGACAUUUUCUAGGAUUAUAAUUGAUAGAAAUGCCAACAUACUAGACCAUUGUUUGAUUUCAAGACAUUGUAUGUGACUGAAAUUUCUGGAGUAACUAACUGUAAAUGGCUAUUUUUAUGUAAUAAAACACAAAGUAAACAUUGAAAACUGUAAAAUAUAUAUACAUAGAUUCAAAUUUGUAUAUGUUUUGUUUUAUGUACAGAAUUUUGUUUUAAGUAGAGGUUCAUAAUAUGUUUUACUACAUCUGGCCAAAUAAUCAUUUAUAAAUGGCAUCAUAACAUUUGAAAAAGCCUUCAUCAUUUUCAAUAUUUCUCUAUUAUUUUCCAGAAGCAACUCAGAUUCCAUAGAUUAUUAACAGUUGAGUCCAUCUUUAUUUCUGAGUAAAAAUCGCAAGCGUAAGAUAAAGGCCAAAAAAGAAAAAGGCCACGUGUGUAUGAUCAUAUAACUAGAUUCCUCACAGGUUAAUUCUGGUUGUUAAUCUAUUCAGACUACAUUAGCCAUUUGGAAAGAAUUCAAUGCUACAUCAUUCUGAUGGUUGAAAUAAUAAGAAUCAACUCCAAUUAGUCAAAAUGCUUAAUGUGAAAAAGGGAGCGAUUGCAAUUACACAAGUUCUAAAUAUUAGCAAUCACUGAAACUUUUGAUGGAGUCACAACAAACUUUUUCUCCCAAAGUCAUGACCUUUAUGUUUUGUUAGCCUUAUAAUUGGCGAACAAAGCAACCUGCCAAGUUAGUAAAGGUUUAUUGUUGCCCAUGAAAUAUAUAUUCAUUUCAUAAAAAUUAAAUAGGAAAACUGGGGAGGGGGGUUGUAAAAAAUAUGGUCAUGUAAAAUUCAGCUAAGAAGGAAGAUCCAACCUAAAUAGUUGUAACUUGGCUCCCAAAAUCUGACCUGAAUGAAAGUGAAGAUGCUUUUUUAUGAUGACAUCAGUAAAGCCACCUCAGUAUAUAGUUCUGCAUAAGUGUUUGGACCAAAGUUCUUAAACCAAAAAUAUUUCCUGGAAUACCUUCUUCAAAGCAUGUAUCCAACCACCCAGCUCUGAACGUGUUAAUAAGAUAUUUGGUGAGAGUGGAGGUAUAGUUUCCCUCAGAAGUCAAGAGGAUUUACAGGGCUAGCCUGAAGAAUGCCAGGUUGGUGUGUCAGCAAACCUGCUUCUACCUCUUACCAGCACUAUGACUUUGGGCAAGUCACCUGACUGCUUUUUGGUUUCCCCACCUGUAAAUGAGGGAAAUCAAACUGAACAAAAAAGCACCUUCCAACUUUCAAAGCCAAUGAACAUGCUUACCAAGGGGUUUUAAGUGAUCAGGAAAGGAAUCCAUACUAACCUGGAUUGUUGUUCAGGAAAUAGAAGCCAUCUAACAAGUCUCUCUGUCCUUUACAAUUUUGCCCCAAGAGCCUAUUUGAAUUCUGAGCCACUAAGCAGAAUUUGUUCAGGGCAACUCCUCCAAGUGUUACUUCCAGGGCAUUCUUGCCAUGCACAGUCAAUUACAACUUCCAUGAGGUCCUAACAGUGGUACAGGACUGCUGGAGGGAGGGUGGGGUUAUGUGCUCACAUCAGGGGUGUGAGCAGAAGUGUAUAAGCCAGCAGUACACAGGCUGCCUAGACUCCCCACUGCCAGACAGAUAUAAUAGAGCUGCCCUGGGGGACAACCAGGACUGUCCUGGUGAAGGCAAUUCAGAUGUCCAUUCUGCCCAAAGUCACAUGUUUUCACCAAAGCCACAUAAAGAGGGCUUUUCACUUGUAUAUCUCCACUCCUGGUUGCUUUAUUCAACCUACAGUCUCUACCAUAGUCAGUGCUUGAUUCUCUCCCCUUGCCCUUUGGAUACACAGAGAAGGCAGGUGAGGAUUUGACAGUAUGCCAUACAGGUGUCCAUUUUGGGUUCUGUACCAAUUAGGCUCUAUAUUCUGAAAGAGGGUGGAGCCAUUUGCUGAUGUACUGCUCUCCAUAAAUCAAAUAAAUCAAGUGAAUACCUCAAAGCAAACAGAAAAAAUGUAUCUUUCUUGAAUUGAGCAUAAUAUCUUCCCUAUCUCAGCAUCAAAAAACCUGGGCAUUGAGUGCUACAGGC